AUGGCGGAGGCGCCGGAGGAUGAAGCGUUGGAUCUGGAUGUUGCAUGCCCAGCAUUCCUCAAUGAGAGACUCAACCCUUUCAAGAUCCCUCAAGACUGUGAUAUCUUUGUUCUUCGAGAUAUUGAAAGAGAACGGAAGAAAAAGGAACAAAAUGAACAAAAGAAACUCAAGAUUCAUGAGAAGGUCACAUAUGCAGCUCGAGUUAAUGCAAAAUUUGGCAGUCCCCAGAAGGUGGAGGAAGAACCAGAGGAGGAUUCAGAGGCUGAGCAUCAGGCCAAUGUGAAAAAGUUGUCUGCUUUCAAAAGUGAUCCAUCAUGGAAGGUCAAAGUCACAAGAGAUCGUCAGAUUGAGAAAGAAACCUUGAAUGAUUAUAUCAACAAGAAAAGAGAAAUGUUUAUGCUGCAGUACUCACUGACCAUGAAGAAGGACGAGAUGAGGAAAUUGGAUGAAGUGGCUGCCGCAGAGGAGAUGAAACUUGAGAAGGCUGAGCAGUACCUUGAGGAAGACGCAGCCAUGUUUGAUGAGUUCUUGAAAGAAAAUGACAAAAACUCAGUGGAAGCGAUGCAAAUAGCUGAACAGGAGACAAAACUGAAGCUGGAGAAAGUAGCUGAAAUCAAGAAAGUGACAACGCAAAUGAUGGCAGUGAAAAAUGAUAUUGUCAAGUUUGAAGAGACACUGAAGGAUUACCAGGUGUACAGAGACUUUCUGAUCAAACUCUCUCCCAAAGAAUGGAAAGAGGAGAGGGAGAGAAAAAAGAAAGAAUUAAAGAUGUCAAAAACCUCCAUAAAGGAGAAAUCUAGGGAGUCGCUUAUGAAACCAUCUGUUCCUUCAGCUACUUUACGAAGGCAGGGCAGCAAGGCCAACAUUCAGUCAAGCCAGGAAGUUCAAACAACCAUGUUCGGCAUGAAGCCUUCACUCGACAGGAGGAAGAGUUCUGCUGUCUCUACAACAAGAGAGUCCGAGCCCGAGUGGUCUGACAGCGACGAGGUUUGUAGCCUGUAG